AUGUGGCUCGGGUGGAUCAAAGACGAAGAGAAGAAGCGUCUUGGGCUAUGCAUAUAUCUGCUGGACUGUAAAAUUUCAGCUUUUUUCCAGCGUCAGCCUCAUAUAAGCAAGGCCGAGACCGUUAAUGCUGCAUUACCGUGCUCGGACACUUUCUGGGACGCACCGACAGCCUGGGCAUGGAAGUCUUUGCUCGGUCCCGCUGAUAUCCCUCCAAGCACGUAUUUUCUAACCACACUUACCACAAUUCUUCUUUAUAAGGAAAUCCCUGAUGUUUUACCAUUUCCACCACUAGAUGAAUUCUGCAAAACUCUCUAUGCCUAUGUUUUGCACACGCAUAUUUUCGAAUGGCGGCAGACCAUUUCCAUGCUCAAUCCGACUGGACUUCUUAGUACUCCUCUAUCCCUCGCACCGCAAAACAUUGGAGAUUCGUUACAAGAGCGUCGAAGUUGGUUAGAGACCUGUCUUCAAAAUUGGGCGGCCUUUUACGGAGGUAGUAACCACGUCGAUUCUCCCAAUCUCAACCCGAAUACAUCAUCAGGAAUUCUACUUUAUCAUCUAGCCUUGCUGGCCCUUCGCCUCAACUUUUCCGACCUACAUGUUGUCGCUGGUAGAGCUGGCUCCGAUGCGGACAUCGAGCUGGCUGAGCAGUCCCUACGUAAUUGGCUGCAAGGAAAAAGAGUUCAGAAAAUAUUCGACAUCAAUAGUGAAAUGUUGAAUGCAGCGCAUGAUGUUAUUGUGGCUGGCCAUUCACGGCGGAGUGGGUUCGAAUUAUCCAUAUGUCUUUUCAUGGGGGGUCUUACUAGCUGGGUUAUAUCACGAUUUGGAGGUUCUAAUGUGACGUCUAUCUCUGCAUCUGCCCAGUCACAGCAUGACAGCCGUGACCCAGUUGGGGGCAUCCAUCACUUCGUUGAAGGCUACCCACAGGGAAGAGAUUCACUUAUUGUCCAGAUUGAAGGCGCUCGCGAUGGACUGAGUGUCUUGAAAUUCCUCCAUCUAGCCAUGGGCGGGGCAUUCAACAAUCCCAUCAUCCCUGGCUUCAACCCAGACCCUUCAAUUUGCCGGGUGGAUGAUGACUACUUCUUGGUUACUUCGACAUUUGAAUACUAUCCAGGAAUCCCAGUUUACCACAGUAAAGACCUUGUUCAAUGGAAACUCAUUGGCCAUGCCAUUACGAAGCCUUCCCAAAUUAAUAUGCGAACAACUGAGCCUUCCGGUGGCCUAUGGGCACCAACAAUUCGUUAUCACUGUGGACAAUUCUAUGUCUCUGUAGGUUGCACGCAUCGGUUCCGGCCAAAGGAAUGGGAUAUUGUCAUUCCUCGUGGAUUCUACGUUUCUACCUCAAACAUUUGGGAGUCAUCUAGCUGGUCUGAUCCAAUAUUCUUCGAUGUCCCUGGAAUUGACCAAGAUCUCUUUUUUGAUGAUGAUGGAAAAGUGUACUUUUCUGCCGUCAACAUGAUCGUCGACCCAAGAGUCAAAAAGCAUGGCCUUGGCUUGGCAACUUUCACGACUGAAGUAGACAUUUCCACUGGUAGAUCUCUAGGGCCUGCCAAGUGGAAUCGACUGUCGGAUUUUGGUCUAGGUAUUGCAGAAGGUCCUCACAUCUUCAAAAAAGACGGGUAUUAUUAUUUGAGUACCGCUGAAGGCGGCACCGAUGAAGGUCACCAGCAGUGGAUUUGUCGCAGCACGAUAGGACCCUUUGGCCCGUGGGAAGUAGGAUCCGAAGGGAAAGUUAACCCGGUUAUUUUCAACGACAAUGAUCCUUCGAUUCGCAACACAGGGCAUCUGGACUUUAUCGAAACUCCAAAUGGAAAAUGGUUCGCCGUUUUCUUAGGAGUACGGCCUCAGGGUGAAAAGUCUGAAUCGCCAUCACAGCUUGGUCGCGAAACAUUCAUGAGCUCCGUUGAAUGGAUCGAUGGAUGGCCGAUUGUCAAUUCUCGAAAGCCAAUCAGUCUUCAAAUGCAGGCAGAAGGUACGCGGCUCCUUUCACAGCCACAGACGUGGAGAGAUGAUUUCGACCAGCCAAAUCUUCAGCUUGGAUGGUAUCGUUUGCGGACACCAUUGAAGAAUGAUUAUUCGCUGUCUGAGCGACCUGGUUACUUGAGUCUUUACGGAAAUGCGUACCGCAUUGAUAGCUCUGAAUGCCCAUCUAUGCUCCUGCAGAAGCAGGUUGGUUUUUCAGGUGACUGGAAGACCAGAUUGGAUUUCACGCCAAUAGAAGCUGGUCAUGAAGCAGGGGCCGCUAUUUGGUGGUCCCAAUUUUCCCAUGCUUCCAUCGGACUCAGGAAGCCAUUUGAUGAGAAUGUCUCGGGUUUUGAGAUGAUAGCACGCUGUUAUGACGAGAUCGAAGAUAAAUUCAAAGAAACCAAACAACAACUACCUCAUGGACAUAAGACCAUUGAGAUUGUCAUCCGCGCACACCCUACGCGGUACGAACUCUUUUUCUCGGUGGUGGACAACGAAUUACCUGGCUCCGUCCCGAUCAAGCUGGGCGAGAUUUCUAGCAGAGCAUUGACACAUCGCCGCUCAGGAAAGGAAUCCCCCAAUACCGGAUCCCAUUUCGCGAUAUAUGCGCAGGGUGCUUAUGACAAGCCAUGUUUUGAUCCGGCUCAUUUCUCCUUUGCCGAGUGGAAGGCGAUUCCCAUGCAGGGUUAA